GAGCUUAAUUUUCAUGUAAAUUUUCCAAGUAGGCUCUGGGGCAAUCAGGAAGUCAUUUGGGAGGAAUUUUUCCACUCUGGGUCAGUGUCAGGGUAAUUAGACCCACCAGAGAGAUACUGUUUGGUGCUCUGGGCCGAUAGUGACUGUGGAAUGUGAAGAAAAGUGAUGAGAAAAUAUGGGACAAAAAAUUAAAUUAUCUCAUGAUGACGUCAUAAGAUCACAUGUUCAGUCCUGUCAAACAGAGUGGGGAAUAUUUUUUAUUGUUUGUGCGUAAAAACGUUUUUCGUAGCAUAUUUUGCCUCAAUUAUCAUGCUUUAUUUGUGCAAAAAUGUGAAUAACGCGAAUUAAAAUAGUUGGUGGUUGAGUUCACGUGCCAGACGAUAUAAAUAGAUUUGGUGAUAAAGCCGUUGAAGGCUUUUAGGAAAAGCAUUGGAGUAGAACAUAACCUCAAAAUUUUGUGUUUUUCUUGGGUGUUUCCGAUGAAAAUUCUUGUUUUACGACCCAAUUGACGGGGGGAAAGCUAGGGAAAUUAAUUAGAAAUGUGUCUGGUGUGUUGUGUGUGCGAGUGAGGAACACUGGAAGCCAGAGAGAGGCAUCAUCUCCAGAUUUAGACGCCUUUGGGGGCAGGGCGAUUGUGGCUAAAAUUAAACUCGGGAGAUUUAACGGAGUUGCAGACUCCGUCGGGACGCCCGAGCUUCUCAGUCGCCACUGUGGAGAGUGUCGAGCUGGUGAGAAUUCAAGAGUGUUCCCCCAAGAAAUUGAUGUGAAGUGAAAAAAAAAAUUUGAAGAAAAAUAGAAGAAAAAAGUGCGCGGCAGGAAAAUGGCAGAUUCAGCAAUUGCGGAGCCCAUUAAGAAGUGUGUGGCCAUUUUGGGGGCUGCAAAGAGUGAUACGGAGAAAUUUGCAGCCCUCUUUAUGGUGACGAAGCUGGUGAAGGGGAAGGAUUGUACAGAUGUGGCCAAGAAGGCACUCUUUGACUCCAUUGGCUUCAAAUUCCUGAAGAAGCUCAUGCUAGCCGACAGUGUACCCGAUGAUUGUCCCCCAAUUGUGUACAAAAGUGUUGCCCUGUCCAUUCUCACGAGUUUCUGUGAGCUGGAGUCCCUGGCCACAAACCCUGACAUGCUGAAUAACAUCCCAGUUUUCUUCAGUAUCAUCGAAAGUGCCGAUGAUGAGGAUGACAAUGAUAAUCUCAUUGUCGUCACGGAGUCCUACAAGUGCCUCCAGGCCAUUGCACAAUUUGAACCAGGACAAAAAGCCCUUUUGGAUUCUGGAGCAAUCCCAAAACUGGCCCAAGUCUAUGCCAACAAAAGCUUCCAGACAGACGAAGCUCUGCGCAUUAUUGUGACCCUCUGCAGUAAAUUUGGGCCUCAGGCAUGGGGAACAGACCCCAAAGUCUUCAAUUCCCUCGUCACGAGAAUUGGUCUGGACUUUGAGACUGAUCAUUCUGAGCGGAAGUUCGAUUUAUGCUCAAUUCUAGCCACUCUCCUCUUCACCUGUCGCCGGGAUGUGAUCCUGCCGACAGUUGAGGGAGAAAUCUGGCCAGAGAGCAUCUACAAGGGUCUCAAUGAUAUCCUCAAGAGCAAAAUUGGGAAGAAUCAGAGAGAUCCAGCUCUUAAGCUAGCUGCCCAGGCUGUGGAAUUUUUGGGCAUUGAAUGGACUCUCAAUGAUGAAGAGAAGCCCAAGCAGUUCUACCUGCUUCUGCUGCAGCUGGCAGCCAUUGAGGUCAGAAUGCAGAUGGACAAUAAAUCCUUCAAUCAGGCAGCUGCUCAGGCUGAUCUCAUUACUGCGUGCUUCGUGAUCUUGGAAUUGUCGGUGAACUACAUGGCUACGGAUCAGCUGGAUCUGGAGCAGAAGGAGAAGCAGCAAGUGUACACAGCCCUCAAGGGGGCCUUCAGUGGAGUGAUGAGUGUUUUAACAAAGUUGAGCAGCAGUGAGGCGAGGAAUAGUCUUUCGCCCAAGGAUAAAUCCUUCGCAGCAGCGAUGGUCAGGGUUCUGUCGGCUUGGCUGUGUCAGGAAACUACAGCAAUGCGUCCGGGACUGUAUCAGGUCCUGCCAUACAUGUUUCAGCUGGCAAAUUCGACCUUCCAGGAGAGUCGGCAGCACCGUCUUGAGCAUAAGGGUAAUCCCGAUGCUCCUGAAGGUCCAGCUGAUGUUCUGCGUGUCAUGCUCCCUGCCUUGUGUCAUUUGGCUGUGGAGGAUAAGGCACGUCAGGUACUGUUUAAAACUAAACAGGAUGAAGCUCUGUAUGAGUGCCUUGUCUUUCAUUUCUCUAUUGCACACUGGAAGCGUCCUCCAGUGCCAAGGGCUGAGCGUCUCAAGAGGCUCAAUGAGCCUGAACCAAAGCCAAGUCCGCGUCAGCAGGAGGAGAUGAAAGACUCUCGAGCGGCUAUUGUGAGUCUGUGUAAUAUUUUUAUGAAUUUGACUGUGCUGGAGGCAAAAAUUGCCGAGGAUAGUUUGCUGUUUAGCAAUUUGCUCAAGUUUAUCUUUGAGAAUUUGCCAGAAUUGAAAGAUACCCCGGAUAAUUUGGUGAUGCAUGGGCAUUUAGCUGUUUUGGGACUGUUGAUGCUGAAGCAGCAGGCGAAGAAGGUGAAAAAGAAUGAUUUCUCAAUUUGUCGGUAUAUUCAGGCUACAAUUAGAUUCCUAUGGGAUGCAUAUAUUGUGGAUGAAUCAAAUGAUCCGACAGCUCUUGUGGUCUCAAUAACGUACAAAGAACACUGGAUGGAAAUCCAGGAGUUGUGGUUCCUGGGUAUGCAAACGAUGUCUGGGGUGAUCACGCAGAUACCGUGGAUAUCGGAAUUUGCGUUGGAAAGUGGAUGGGCUGAAGGAAUUGUGGAAACAUUGAAGAAAGUGAAGAUUGGCACUCUUCCAGGCAAUGUCAAGUCAGCCUUUGAGGAUCUCCUGUGCCAAUUGGCUGAAGCCAAUCCAGAUGUUCCGGCCAAACUUAAGAAAGCUGAUGCACUUCGUGUUUGCCGGAAUCAUCGUUUGAUGGAGUUGGGAAAGAAGUUGUUUGGUGAUUAAGCCACAAUUUCAUGACAAAUGUGACAUAUUGAAUCAUCUAACAUCGCUACAGACUUUCUACUUUCUAUAGGAGCAAUUAUAAGCAAAACUAUUUAAUAAAAACUUGGAAUUAAGAAUAGAUUGUAUGAGGAGGUUUAUUUGGAGAAAGAAUAUUUAAGAAUGGAGAGAGAAAGUGUGAAUAAAGAAAGAAAAUUUUUGCUUCGUAAUAAAUGAGAAAAUGUAGAUCAUUUUAAAUAGAAAAUUUUCCAAUUUUCUUAUCGUUUUCUCCUCCACAUUAUUUGGAUUUCGGCCAAUUCUAUAAAUUUUCAACACUUUGGAUGUAAACUCCUGAAUAUUUUGCUUUCUAUAAUGAUCACCCCAAAAAGAUAAAAUGUUACCAUUCAACAUUGACAUACAUAUAAUAUUUUCUACUUUUUGGAAUUGUAAAAUUUUGCCAAAUUCUCUCCAAUGACUCAUGGCUUUGAAUCUCUUUUUGUACUAAAGUUGUGUUAGUUUCUUCUUUUUCUAUAAUUAUCCUAGUGACAAAAUGAGAAAAAAAUCUAUUUUACUUUGGUAAAUUUUUUUAAAAGGAAAAUAAAGUGAAGAUUAUCCAACAGCCAAAAA